AUGAAUAACAACGUUGUGUUUGGGUGUGGUCUGGUAGACUUUCAUCAUACUCGAGGGCCAGAGAUAGAAUAUUGGUACGACGGUGGAACAACAGCGUUGAAUGUUAAUAAUUUAUGGGAAUAUUUACCCUUCCAGGCCCUUCCAGAUGGUGCGCAUUCUUACGAACAGAGUUUUACAUAUUUUACCUUGCUUUAUGAUGAAGUGAAUAAAAAAUGUUGUUCUAGUGUGGGAGAUUCCCUAAAAGAUGGUGACCAAAGUGGACGAUAUAGUACGUUUUUUGCGAUAAGUUGCUCCAAACAAAUUCAGAGUGAUACUUUGAUAAAGAAACCGAAAGAUGUCAUACGGUCCACUGUUCAGAAGUCCCUUGUAGUAGUCUGCAGGAAACCAAUUUUGGGACAGAUUAAAGACAAAUUGGCAAUAAUUACCAAUGCGUUGUUUAUGCAAAGAGAUUUCACAGAUAAGACGAUUAUAGACACAUUAUAUUCUAACUUGAACUCAAUUGAGUAUGAUGAUCAUGAUGAAAGCCAUCUUUAUGUUGGGUUAAAUUUAAGAAAGACCGUGUAUGAUCUACGGAAGGAAGUAUUAGUUAUUUUGAAAGCCAUAUUGCUAGAGAAGAAGGUUUUGUUCUAUGGAAAUGACGUGGAACAACUUUGUAACAUUCAAUUUGCGUUUAUCAGUUUAAUACCGUGUUUGCUCAGUAAUAUUCAAGACUGCGGCUCUCCUAUGCUUGACACAUAUUCUAAAAAUAUGACCAUGGUAAAUUCAUUCAAAUCAAGCGAUAGAGGAUCUGUAUUACGAUUUUUAGGCUUCCCGUUGCAAAUAUUCACAAAAGGAGGAUUUUUUUCUCCGUAUGUCCCUCUACAACAGAUGAACGACUUAACGGCCUCGGUCACAAAGUGGUUUGUUGCAGGAACUUCUAAUACACUUCUCUUGGAGCAAAGCAAAACCCUAUGCGAUCUUCUUGUCAAUAUAGAUGAUUCCACUGUUCAAAUUAUGAACAAAAAGGAUAAAGAUUUGCAUCAAGCAUUGCAAUUGAGUCAAAGUGAUAAAAAAUGGAUGGAUGUCGUCAUCCAAUCUGUACUGAAGAGUUGGAACCAAGACGACUACUCUACGUUGAGAAAUUCGCAAUUUGAAGGAAGCGAGGACUAUAUUCGUUGGCAAUUUGAGGACUACCUUUCAGGGUUAGUUCUAACAGUAAAAUUACUGGAAUUCACGAAGAAAUAUAAAAACAAUGCCGCUCUACUCAAAACUGUGGACGAUUUAGCCACUACGGAACAGACUAUUAAUCAGUACAACUCUACUUGGGUUCGUGAUUGGCAACACACAAAUAAUUAUAGAAUCUUCAAACAGUAUACUGAUGAUCGCUUAUUCGAUGUUUUCGACAGCAGACAUCCCUAUAGAGGAUCGGAUGCCAUGGCGGUUGUACAGCAAAGGUUCAACAAGAUAUUCUCUCGAAAGGAGAAGGGAGAGGACAAGAGCAGAGAAAGGCACCCGGAAGGUGAAAUUGUCAAUAAAGGAGGCAUGAAAGACCACAACCGAGGGAAUUGGUUCAAGAAAAAGGAAAAAAAAGGCUAUCAAAAUGAUGGUCCUGAGAGCAUUGCAACGACUGAUCCGUUGAUCUUAUCUAAAGAUGAUACUCAACCGACCGUGGCCGACAUUCCAGGUGAGAUAACGGAAAACCCAUGGAGGUAG